AAAUAAUUUUAUUGGAAAUUCAAUUUUAAUUAAAACCUAAACAACAUUAAAAUUAUGGUAAAAAAGUUGACAAUAUUGAUGGUACCGCUGCCGGGCGUCGGCCCAGUGAACGCCUUCAUUGGUUUGGCUGAAGUACUGGUAAGUCGUGGCCAUAAAGUGGUGUUCGCUGUCGACAAGACUCUGGAGGGAAAACUAUCACCGCUUGGAUUCGUUGAAGAGUUGUUCACAUCAACGAUGGUUGACGUGAAGAAGAAAACGGGAGAGGAAUCGGCAAACAUUUUGCUCACAUCUGGUCUAUUGUCCGGCAUCUCAUCGUUGGACAAGUUUAAGAUAUUUUUCGGACCAAACUUCACGGGUUGGGCCGACAAUAUGGCCAAAAUGCGAGCCAAUGAACCCCAACUCCGGGCUAUUAUAGCCAAACAUAAUCCCGACAUAUAUAUGACGGACGGGAUUAUGUGUUCGCCGACACUAAUCCAUUCGGGAAAGCCAUGGGUUUAUGUGUUUAGUCCGAACCCACUAUACGUUAUCAAUGAUGACAGGACUCCGCCGGCAUUUUCGGGUUAUCCAUCAACUGAUUCGAAGGAAGGCUUCCCAUUAGUGGCGAACAACAGAGCGAUUCCAGACUCGCCUUAUCUUAAUAUCUAUGGAUAUCCCGAAGAACUCGAUUAUACAGACAUCUGUCCGAUGCGUGAAAAGUGGUUCAGAAUCGACGCCUUUAUGAGGAAAUCGGAACAAGAAUUCAAAAUUCCCGACAAAUUCCGUGAAAGAGAUAAUAAU